AUGGAAGAAGGAGAGCACUUUGGUAAAGAUACUACAACUAAUUUGGGUAUGGAUAUUCUAUUAAAGGCAACUCCAGAUUGUGGAAAUCUUGUUCAAGAUUUUGUAGCUGUGAAUCAAGCAUCUCUAGAGCCUAUGGAGGAAAAGCAGCUACCAGUUACAAGAAAUAAUGCACCUAUACCGACUUCUAUUGGAGUCCAUUCGUCAAUGAGUCCAAAGGGUGAGGACCUGGAACAAAUUAGGAGGCAUAAGGAUGAAUUACAAAAUGAUAAUUUGAUAAUGCAUGGGGAGGAGUUAUGUGUUAGUAACCAAAUAUCUUUGCAUUUUGCAGACUCUACUUAUUAUAUGGAUCAUGCAUUCACAUGUAGUAAGCUUUCUAAUGUUAGCUUGGAUGAGGGAUUGAGCUUAGUUUAUUCUAAGGAACCCCCAAAUAGAGGAUAUUACUCAGAUGGAGAUACCCCUAACAAUAUUCAACCUGUAGAGGUAGGUUCUCAAGGUUCGGAUGCUGAUGAUAGUUAUAGUUCAUAUUUGAGGAACACAGUGGCAACUCAUGGCAUG